AUGGCCCCCAUUCGAUACAGCUUACAUUAUGAAGAUUAUUCGGAGCAUUUGAUGUCAAGAUUUGGGAAGCUAUUGCAAAUGCAAGCUCUUGUGGAUAUGACGCUAAUGUGUAGUUCACAUACUCUACGUGUCCACAAAGCUGUUUUGGCAGCAAGUAGUGCUUACUUUCAAGACGUGUUACAAAAACAAACUGGAGAACCGCUUAUCAUAUUAAAAAUGAGAUUUGGUGUAAUGAAGUGUCUCGUAGAAUUUAUGUAUUGUGGCAAGACUCAAUGCCCUGAAGAAAAUUUGGAUGAAUUGGUAUCUGCAGCACAGUUUCUUAAAAUAAAGGGCUUAUCGAAAGUCACUAAAGAAGGCCUUGGAAUUACAAGCACCAGUGAAUUACCCGUAUUUACCCCACCAGUAGUAAUUAAUCGACCACCUCAGUCUCUGAUCGAUCUCCAUUCUCAGGACACUGUUGUGCGCAUACCAUUCGAUAUCGAAAAUAAAAGCAUUAACAGUGGAGAAUUUGACUUGCGAUCGGUUCGCCCACGAAGAGGUCGCCCUAGUUUUCGUUCUGGCGGUUGGGAUACCAGUGGCGUCCUAGGCCGAGCUGCAGAAAGAGCUCUACUGCGACGUGAGCAGGAUUCGCGAAAAGCUAUUCACCAUUUAAAGAGCUUACAGAGCCGACAAAUGCAGGACUAUAUGGACAGAACAUUGUCACAAGCUGUGAACAGUAUAUGCGAACCGGAAUCAAACUCAAAUAGCUACAUGAGUAUCGAUAGCGAUCUCAUGUAUAUGGAUCAGACUGUCUCCUCCAACGUCCUUGAUCCAACCAUAUCAUUUUCAAAGGAAAACUCAUUGGGACAUGAAACAAUCACCUCCAGCUACGCCACAUCUACUAGUGAAACAAACAAAAAUUCUAAUAAUGAAAUAAGUUCAGCUAUGUCGCAAUACGUUAAUGCUUUAAAAAGCGCUGGACUACCAACAGAUCUGCCUAUCCUCUUUGAGUCGGGAGACGGGUCUUAUAUAAACGUUAACGAACAAGUUCUUUUAGACAUGGUACAAAGCAGUGAAAUACAAUAUGAAGUAAUUGAACAACCUAACAUUAUUGAAAAGGUUGCUGAUCCAAGCGAAAUUAAAAGCAUUGAUGAUUUAUCAAAAUCUAUUGAGCGCGGAGAAAUGCUUAUAGGUCCCAACAAUUAUACAUCAAAUAAUAACUUCAGUAAAAAUAACAUAGGUCAUGAAGAUGCAAUAAACACGUUGAACGCUUUGCUGCCUGAUAGUUUAGAAUCAUUCAACGAACAACAAAACUAUGUGGUUUUAGACAGUGGCCUUCAAAAUGGAACGAAUAGUGUUGACAACGAAAGCACAAAUGAUUUUUCCUGUAUUGAAAACGAUAUGCAAUACUUUACUAAAUCUAUGAGUGAAGACGUAAAAAAAUACUAUCAAGACCAACAACUUAAUGACCAUAGAGUAGUAGAUCAAUUGUGUCCAGUAAGCAGUUCUUUGGAUACAAGUUUUAGUAUGACUUUAUUAGACACAAAAGGUUCUCAGUUGGGUGAGGGUAUAUCCCAACAAUAUAAUCCUUUAAGUUCAGUAAGAAAUGAAGAUUGUUACGAUUUCAGUUUGCAACUAACACAAUCCACACAUUUUAAAGAAGAUGAAAUAGAAUGUUUGAUUUCUACGACGAAGCAAUCUAAUGAUACACAUAGAUAUAAUGAGAGUCAUAAUGAAAGCAGAGCACAGGAACAAGACGAAAUAAUGAAAGACUUAAUGGAUUUAGAAAGCAAUAUUCACGACGUCCAAAACGAUUCUAGUGAGCAAAAUAACUCCGAAUUUGGAAAUAUAACCUCAGUAUUUAAUAAAGAAAACAGUGAAUCAAACUCAGCGAUUGAUUCUAUAAGGGACAAAAGUGAUUUUUCUGGACCUAUUCCCGUUGAUUUAGACUGGGAUAAAGAUACUGAUACAAUUCAGCCAUUGUCACAAAAAAACGAAGAAAUAAAUAAUGACAGUAACUCUGAAAUGUUACAAUCUUCUACGGGAGAGUGGACAGAAAAAAGUAAAAAUGCAGCAAGUGAGGAACGUGACGACUUAUGCUCAACAUUAGAUGAAAACAUACCUUUUGCUGUAGGCUUACUUCCACUUAAAGCACCCAGGCAAAAAGACAGUUUAGACAUAUAUAAAAAAAGAAUAAAUGAAGACGAUUUAUGUAGCGUCGAUGCAAAAUGCCUAAAACGUAAAGUCAAACAUAAAAUUAUGUAA